AUGACACCAUACUUAAAACUAUUAAAAGGGUCAUAUACACUCCUAUCAUUCUUUUAUUUUCUUGCAAACACAUUGAUAAGGACUUUUCAAAGUUUUCCAGUAUCACAUAAAAUAAUACUGGUUACCUUAUAUUAUACAAUAUUUUUAGUUUGCAUUGCAAAGAUAUUUUUUGGAUCUCCUUUAAGAUUAAUACAGUCUUAUAUAUUGGGUAAGUAUAGUAAUUAA